AUAAUAAGAUUGUAAAGGUUUAUUGUCGUUUCUGCAUUGUUAGGAGACCAGCAAACCGAUUGGCACAUAUCAAAUGGAUUCCCACCUAAUAUUCCUGCUGUUAUAUUCAGUGUGUGUCUUCGGGAAUCCAUGUUUGAACCGUCAGAAAAGUGCCUUUCCACACGAAACUGAUUGUGACAAGUACACAUAUUGCAAGCGAGGUGUACCAACUGUGGGACAGUGUCCACAAGGACAGGUCUUCGAUGUCGUGGAAAACAAAUGCCUACCAAAAAACGUAGGAAAAUGUGACCCCAAACUCCUAGGAAAUUCUCCUACGCCUAACAACAUCAAAAAGCGGGCUGCUGAGGAAACAUCACAAAUUGACAUCCGUCGACGUAAACUAGCGUUACCGGAAUGUCAUGAAAAGAGUACAUGGAUUGAGGGUGACCCGGAAAAUUGUAGGCUUUUCUACCUGUGUGUUAUUGGUGAAAUUAGCCGAGUGGAUUGCCCUUAUGAUUUUGUGUUUGAUCCUUCGAAAAAGUUUUGCGUGCCCCCAACACACUACAAUUGUAUUACCAGUACAACAACAACGAGUACAAGUACAACAACUCCUAAAACAACACGUAAGUAA